AUGGACGCGCUCCUCUCAUUACCAGUGCUUUCUCUAUUCCUGGUCCCCACGAUCUCCUCAUAUAGCACGAGUCUCAAUAUAAUCUUCUUCUACAUGACAUGGACGACCCUCGUGCUGUCGCAUCCUCCGCUCCGAGUCGAACUAUUCGGCACCGCAGCUGUGCGACUCCUGUUCUUUCUACUUCCGUCGCUGCUGUUCUUCCUAUUCGAUAUUCUGACCCCCUCCGCGGCUGUUGUUGUAAAAGCGCAGGGCGAAGCUGGUCUCCCGUCAGGAAGUAAACGGGGGAAAGUCAGAAUGAAGGAUCUCAAGGUUGCGGGAUGGGCCAUUCUCAACAUAUUGUUGGGCUUCGCGGCACAGGCCGCGAUAGAAGAAGUCCGGACAGAGUUAAUCGGGAUGCGGAGUGCAUUAAGGGUCUCGAUGAAGUUACCGAUGCCCUGGGAGAUGGUGAAGGAUCUACUGCGAGGAUUGUUAGCAAGAGAGAGAACCAUAAUGAAACACCGCAAGGCCAAGGAAAAAGCUCUAGAGUAA